AUGGCAACCGAAAAGAAGGAAGUAGCACUGACGGCGACAGUCGAGGAACCGCUCGAUCUUCUGCGUCUCAGUCUGGACGAGAGAGUGUAUGUGAAGAUGAGAAACGACAGAGAGGUAUGAAAUAGUUAUGCGCAGUUCGAUUGAUGUUAACUUUGGCUUUUCAGCUUCGUGGCCGUCUCCGUGCUUUCGACCAGCACUUGAACAUGGUUCUGUCAGAAGUGGAGGAAACGAUCACAACUCGCGAAGUCGACGAAGAUACGUUCGAAGAGAUCUACAGACAGACGAAGCGAGUCGUUCCGAUGCUCUUCAUUCGUGGAGACUCCGUCAUUCUAGUGUCACCGCCCAUCCGCGCUUCCUAA